AUGGCCGGCGACCAUGCUUUGCCCGCCCCGUCGAUGGCUUCUCCGGGCUGGUGUUACCCGUUGCCGCCUUACCAGCCGAAUGGCGCCGGCUACGACGCCCUCCUUGCGCCGUCGCCCGUCGGUGGUUAUGGUCCACCCGUCCCGGCGCCGCCCUACGGGGGCCUCCCGCCGCCUCCUUCCCUCGGUUGUUAUGGCUCGCCCGCCCUGGCGCUGUCCUACGAGGGCCUCCCGCCGCCGCCGGUACCUGUGUCAUGGGACCCCACCCUCCUCGCCGCCCAGCACUCCGCGUCGUCGCCGAGUAGCUCUGUCGGUGGAGGCGACUGGUACAUGGACUCAGGUUCCUCCGGCUUCGGCCCCUUCGGCACCGGCCCCCGCGCCCCCUUUGUGGAGCGAUGCGCGGCGGCAGCCCCCGGCGCCCCCCGGCACGGUGCCCUCUGCCGCCACCACCUAGCUUCGUGA